AGUUCGCGUUCAGUCAAGGUUGGUCGCUCGUCGUGAGCGUUUGCCUAAGUGAAAGUGCGCGUAGCUUGUCCCCACCGCUAGUGGGAUUAAGGUGGACUUCGGUUGUGGAGUGGUGAAAUGUGUACUAUGAAACAGUGAAAAGUGUGAAGAUUUUUUUUUAAGAGUGGAAGUGAGCAGUGGUGAAUGAAGAAAAUUUCCCUCGCGGGAGAUUAAACAGCUGGCACGGAAUGAAGUCUGGAAUGUUCGGUUUUCGUUGAACCGGAAGUCCCGGGGACAAGCUACGCGUACUAUUACUGGCCCAUCCUUGUCAAAUUUUGGCAUCUGGGUGGCCAGUUGGGGCCGAUUCUGGUGACGCCGAUCGGCGGAAAACUUUGGCCCAAACCGUACGGAGGAUUUUUUUUUCCAUCUUGGAAACCACCCUCUCUUACACUGCAUUGAGAAAGGUGCGUCAUCUGCGUGUUGUUGGUGUGCGACAGCACCAACACCGCCGAGGAACAAAGGCAGCAACAUUAUUUGACUGUGUCGUCGGUCCGUUGGGUGUGUGUUUGGGCUGGCCAGAAACGUCGAGAACGGACGGGAAGAUGAACGAAAUCGUUGUGUUGAACGAGGGCUACUCGUACAUGGAAAAGGAUGACGACUCGGUGAUGAUUGCGAACUGCACCUGCACCUUGAUCAAAAGCCACGAUUGCAAUAUCAUAGUGGACACUAUGACCCCUUGGGAUGGCGAUCUACUUUUGCAAAGACUGCGGGAAAGUCGCCUGAAUCCCGAUGACAUCACUUGGGUGGUGAGCACACAUGGACACUCCGACCAUCUGGGGAAUAAUAAUCUGUUCCUAAAGGCCAAACAUAUCGUAGGAACUAAUGUAUCCCAGCGGAAUCGUUACUUUGUCCAUGAUUUCAGCCGAGGUAAGUGA